GUAAAUGUGAUCUCAUUGUUAUUAAUGCUGUUUCUGUGUAUCAAGAGAGAGGCUUGCUGUUGUUGUUUUGCGCCUUCAACAGGUUAUAUAAGGUAGUGCAGGCUCGCCUGUGUUAUCAUCACGUGAUCUCUUCCGGUUCACUUCGCGCGAGAGAAUAUGAGAGACUCACAGAAAGAAGCGCGAUGAAGUUGUGUUCUAUUUUCCACAGUUACCGAUGUUUUGUUUCCCGGUGCUGUGAGGCAUUGUACUGAACCAUCCUUAAAAUAAACCAUCAUCUUUCUUUUAUAUUCAACUUGAGUAUUCAUUGAAGAUGAGUGAAGAAAGAAGAAACCCAACAGGUUAUGGGCCCAGACAUGCAACGGGAGGAAGAUGGCAGCGCCUGGUCUUCGAUGGAGACGAGGACAACUACGAACUUUGGGAAGUAAAAUUUCUUGGUCGCAUGAAACUUGAAGGUUUAAAGGACACAAUACUUUUCUCUGGUGAAGUAGACCCAGAGAAGAAUGCAGAAUGUUUUGCAGAGCUAAUCCAGUUCCUCGACGACAAAAGUCUCUCGUUGGUGAUGAGAGAUGCUGCUGACGAUGGUCGCAAAGCACUACAAAUUUUACGGCGCCAUUAUGCCAGUGAUGGUAAGCCAAUAAUUAUUUCCCUGUACAACGAAUUGUGUUCCCUGAAGAAAAACUCAGAAGAAACUAUUACAGACUACAUCAUUAGAGCCGAAAAGAUUGUGACUUCUUUAAGAAAUACAAAGCAAGUAAUAAGCGAUGAGUUGAGCUUUGCUAUGGUUCUGCGGGGCCUACCGGAACCAUACAAACCAUUCGUCAUUCACAUGACACAGAGCAACGAUGAAGUGACUUUUGUGGAGUUUAAGAGCAAACUACGAAGCUACGAAGAGACAGAGAAAUUUGAACACAAACCAAAUUCAGACAACGUAAUGAAAGUGGACAUAGCGUCAGCAACCUGUUAUGGAUGUGGGAAUCGUGGACAUUUUGCGAGAAAUUGUCCCCACAAAACAACACCAAAGUGGUGCAACUAUCACAGAAGCACAACACAUACAGACGAGACGUGCAGAAGAAAAACCAAGCCUGACUCUGCUAAACAAACUAUGGAGAAAGAAGAAGAUUCAAAGGAAAGUGGCACCUCCUUUGUGUUCCAAGCCAGUCAUUUGGUGCUUCCAGACGGCAUCAAACAAAAUGGACUGAUGGUGGACUGUGGGGCGACGUCACACAUAAUCACUGAGAAGAGCAAAUUUACACGAUUUGAUGAGACUUUUAACCCAAACAAACACUACAUGGAGUUGGCUGAUGGAACAAGGAAGAACAACGUGGCUCUGAAGAGAGGCGAUGCAGUGGUUCUUCUACGCAACACGGAAGGUAAAAGUGUCCCCGUCACACUGAAGAACGCCUUGUUCAUCCCUAUCUACCCACAAGACUUCAUGUCGGUGAAAGCAGCCACGACUGAUGGAGCUCAAGUGAUCUUCGAAGAAGGACAAAACCGGCUCAUCACAAAAGAAGGAAACACCUUCAAGUUAGAAGUACACGAGAGACUGUACUACCUCAAAACGGGCAGUGUGUGGAGUCCCACAGACGUAUAAAGACACCCUGAUGUCAUCAGAGGCAGCCAGCUGGGAAAAAGCCAUGAAAGACGAAUUGGCAUCUCUCAAAGAAAAUGACACAUUUGAACUAACAACAUUACCAAAAGGGAAAAAUGCAAUAGGCGGAAAGUGGGUUUAUGCCCUCAAAGAAAACACAGAGAAAGGACAGCUUUUCAAAGCUAGAUAUGUUGCCAAAGGAUACAGUCAAACUGAAGGUAUAGAUUAUCAAGAAACAUUUGCACCAACUGCAGACAUUACUUCUGUGCGUGCAUUGAUGCAAAUAGCUGUUCAAAAUGACCUCACUGUCCACCAGAUGGAUGUGAAAACGGCAUAUUUACAUGCCCCCAUUGAUGAAGAGAUAUACCUAGAUCAACCAGAAGGUUUUCAGAAAACAUCGGACACAGGUGAAAAACUAGUAUUUAAAUUGAAGAAAUCAAUCUAUGGCCUAAAACAAUCAGGAAGAAAUUGGUACAAACUUCUAAAUGACCAUUUAGAGCAAAACAAUUUCAAAAGAAACCUAUCUGCUCAUUGUGUCUACCGAAAACAAACAGAAAAUGAAACAGUCAUUGUCAUCAUCUGGGUGGACGACCUGAUCAUUGCUGCAAGUAGCAAAGAAGCACUUGAGCAAUUCAAAAACAUAAUGAAAGCCAAAUUCAACAUGAAAGACCUCGGUAAGAUAUCUUAUUUCUUGGGUAUUCAUUUUGAACAGAAACAGAAUGAAAUCAAGAUGGAUCAAAAGAUGUACAUACAAAAGAUGCUUGAAAGGUUUGGCAUGUCAGAAUGCAAACCUAGAAGCACUCCUGAACAGAAAGUAGAACUGAACAAAAAUCCAGUUAAUAGACAGAGGUCCAACAUAUUGAUGUCAAAUAUCAUUUCAUUCGUGAGGCACUCACUGAAGGGAAAAUUUAAUUGGUCUACUGUCCUACAGAAGACAUGGUUGCAGACAUCUUAACAAAACCUACUACAAGAGCCAAGAUUGACAAAUUCAAAUUAUUCUUUUUUGGAAACUAAUGUGUUUCACUGUUUCAUGGUCAUGAGAUCAAGGGGGGGGUGUUGAGUAAAUGUGAUCUCAUUGUUAUUAAUGCUGUUUCUGUGUAUCAAGAGAGAGGCUUGCUGUUGUUGUUUUGCGCCUCCAACAGGUUAUAUAAGGUAGUGCAGGCUCGCCUGUGUUAUUAUCACGUGAUCUCUUCCGGUUCACUUCGCGCGAGAGAAUAUGAGAGACUCACAGAAAGAAGCGCGAUGAAGUUGUGUUCUAUUUUCCACAGUUACCGAUGUUUUGUUUCCCGGUGCUGUGAGGCAUUGUACUGAACCAUCCUUAAAAUAAACCAUCAUCUUUCUUUUAUAUUCAA